AUGGAAGACGGCCAAAGAGGACUGAGGAAAACUCUGGGCUCGCUUUUUGGAAGGUCCCGCACGGCCAGGACCGCUGCCGCGCAAACCACCUCUUCCGCCGGCGUCAGCGUGCGAGAGUCCGGAAACAGCGGUCUUAAGACUUCAACCUCUGUGGGAGACUCGCUCCACACCACAGAUCUUGAAUCCUCACAACGGCUGACAGCUCCUUUUGUGGCCUCGAUCAUCGGAGGCAAUGGGUUGACUACCAUAUCCGAAGGCAUCCGCAUAGUCAACAAGAUCAAGACCGGGCUGGACGAAGCUGAUCAAGGCAAGGCCAGGCAUUCCAAUGCUCUUCCGACUACAUAUCGGGAUGGCAAAUUUCUGCAAAGUGUCUCCGUCGACGGCCUCAGAUUAGCCUCUGAGUACUUUGCCAACGCGGCCUGGCCCUCGAAUCUUCCGUGGAUCAGAUCGUGGCCGAGCUCUGAGGUCGACAGCCAAUCCAUGUCCGGAUUCCAAGAGCCGUUGCCGAGCCACAUGGAGCAUACGAAAGCACAGGACGACUUCCCGGAGAUUCUCAAAAUUGCCGCUGACGCUUGCGACCGCGUCCGACGUUCGGCCUCGCACGUUGUCCACUUGGAGGAAUCUGACGCAGCCACGUCCAUCAGUGGAGCGCCCAUACGCCUGCCGCGCGACAGACUUGGGCUCUUCAAGCCGACCGACGUCAGUUUCACCAUCAGCGACGUCCCUGGUGCAUAUGCCGGCGACGAGCAGGACAUGAUGGUCAGCAUAAUCAACGAGGGCGACCCUGUUCCCCGCGCUGAUAUCGCCUACGUUGAAACACUGCUCCAUCUCUACGCAAAAGCCAACCGUGACAAUGGGUUCGUGCAGCAGCGGUCUCACCUUUGCAGGCUGCCCCCCAUGUCGCUUCAUGUCGGGGCCAGCAUCCUAGGGCUGAGACUGGUUGCGGCCGACACUGAGGUCGACGGCACGUACCUACCGCCGCAGGUUCGAGCGGUCGGUGUCCCGCAAACCAUCCUCGAGAAAAGCCUGGCGGGGAACUCUCGCGCGCACUCCAUGACUGUUUACGCUGCCAACGUUGCAGCCUUUCUCGGACAAGAUAGGCCGUCGUUUGAAGCGAAGGUGUUCACGACGAAGAAUAUUACCUCUGUCGGCACGGGCACAUUGAGCCCAGAGGGAGAAGAUGCAGGACUCCAGUUUGGGGGGUUUAAGGAAUGGUUCCUUUCUAAUGACUUGGACCGUCAGGAUGGUUGGCAAGUGUAUGGCGUGGUGGAUCACUGCUGGAGUCUGGUUGCAUAA